AACCCCAGAAAAAACUCUAAUUCAUUGGGGAAGAAGAAAGAAAUACUGUUCAAAAGAAAGAAAACAGUCGAAUGAGUACUUGGUCGGGAAGGAGGCCCAGGAUCAUGGCUUCUUCAUUGCCAUUGCCUCAAAAUACCAUCACCGACAUCCUCUCUAGGUUGCCUGUCAAAUCCCUAACUCGAUUCAAAUCCGUUUCCAAGCACUUGGCCGACCUCACUUCAAACCCUUCUUUCAUCGCCGCCCAUCUCCGCCGUUCCUCUCCCGACCCAUACCUCCUCAUCCGCCGCUACCACUCCCAAUCCGGUUGGGACUACGGGAUCUGGCUCAUCACUGACCCCACUCUAAAUUUCGCCACCCAGCUGCUCCGUAUCCCCUUGGAGGAAUCACUCCCUCGCUUCCCCAAAAUCGUCGGUUCCGUCGAUGGUUUGGUUUGUCUCGAUAUCUCUCCUUGUUAUGCUUCGGAUUUCGUUAUGUGGAACCCUGGAACCAAACAGUUUAAACAUCUCCCUUCGCCGUUGAUCACUUCCUCAAGAGAUAACCCUAUUUGGAUGGUCUUUCAUGGCUUCGGUUUCGAUUCCUUUAACAAUGAUUAUAAACUAGUCAGGAUCGUUUCUUUUAAGGGAAAUGAUGAGUCUGCGUCGCCUUUUCUUAGGGUUGAAGUUUAUUCAUGGAGGGAAGGGGUUUGGAAGGAGAUAGAAGAACGUUUCGAGUUAGCUCUGUUAUGUGGAGGCCAAGAUGGAGUGGCUGUUGAUGGUAGUUUGAACUGGGCGGCCAUUGGUUUACAGAGAUUCGACGAUCGGAAAGUUGUUGUCGCCUUCGAUAUGGGAAGAGAGGUGUUUAAGACAGUACCAUUGCCACCGGUUACUCGCUAUGGUAAUGUUAAAGUUGUGUCUUACAUGGGAUUACUGGCUGUUGCUGUAUAUCCAUUAGUUUUUGCUGUUAGUGGUAAUAAUAUGAAUCGGUUCGAGUUUUGGGUACUAAGUGAUUGUGAAGACGGGACGAAACGAUGGACUAAUUUGGUUGUGGUUGAGAAUUUUUCAAAGUCUUUGGUUCCGGUAGGGACUUGGAGAGACCGUGAGCUGGUGUUUAAAUAUAUGGGAGUUAGAGACAGAGAAAAUCAGUCAAGUAUCUUUUUGUUUGAUCCGGUCGAUCAAAGAACUAGAAGGCUUGCAAUUGAUUGUGUUGAUUUCUGUUUUGAAGGUUUCAGUUAUGUGGAGAGCUUGGUGCCUGUCAAUUGAAGAAGAAGCUAAAGAUGGUAGUGGAGCAAAGGCAUAUCUGAAGUUAGGACAUUUUGGUCUAUCUCUACUUGCUUAGGCCUUUAGUUUAAUUAGGUAUAAAACUGCUACAAGGCUUUACCGCUUUAGUUGAAGUAUCUUCUUUUGUUUUAUAAAUGAAUAUGGAUGGAUAUUGUGUUUAUAGUCUUUGGUAUAUUACAUGGUGAACUUUGCAAUGGAUUGCUCUUUCCUGCAAUUA